CAAGAACGGCUUCUUCUUUUGUUGGUGUCGUUGUCGCUGUGCGCUGCGUUUUUUUGAAACGGCAGCGCCCUUUCUUGUUCAAAGGGCAAGCUCUGCAACUCGACCUGCCCAACCAUGGCAGCGACAGCCGUUGCCCCAGCGGGGCGCACUGCCUCGCGUCAACCGAGCAUCGCUGAGCCCAAGUCAGCCGCCGGUGUCAACGACUACUUUGUGACCAAAAUUGAUGCUCUCAAGGUUGUUGUGGCGGAAAAAACCCAGAACCUGCGUCGCCUCGAGGCUCAGCGGAAUGAGCUCAACGCAAAAGUCCGGGCACUGCGUGAGGAAUUGGUGUUGCUUCAAGAGCCCGCGUCCUACGUUGGCGAAGUGGCCAAGGUCAUGGGCAAGAAAAAGGUUUUGGUCAAGGUGCAGCCAGAGGGCAAAUAUGUGGUCGACCUGGACAAGUCCAUCGAUGUUGGCAAGCUGUCACCCAAUACGCGUGUGGCUCUGCGAAGCGACAGCUACACCCUGCACAAGAUCUUGCCCAACAAGAUUGAUCCGCUCGUGUCCCUGAUGAUGCUGGAAAAGGUCCCCGACAGUACCUACGACAUGGUCGGCGGUCUGGACAAACAAAUCAAGGAAAUCAAGGAGGUGAUUGAGUUGCCCGUCAAGCACCCCGAGCUCUUUGAGGCAUUGGGUAUCGCCCAACCCAAGGGCGUCCUCCUGUACGGUCCCCCGGGCACUGGCAAAACGCUAUUGGCCCGUGCUGUGGCGCACCACACCGACUGCAGCUUUAUUCGCGUGUCGGGUGCCGAACUCGUUCAAAAAUACAUUGGUGAAGGUGCUCGCAUGGUGCGUGAGCUCUUCGUCAUGGCUCGCGAGCAUGCCCCCUCGAUCAUUUUUAUGGAUGAGAUUGACAGUAUCGGUUCCACCCGCUCCGAGUCGGGCGGUGGUGGCGGCGGCGGUGGUGACAGCGAGGUGCAGCGAACCAUGCUGGAGCUGCUGAACCAGCUUGAUGGCUUUGAGGCGACGCAGAGCAUCAAGGUCAUCAUGGCAACGAACCGUAUUGACAUCCUGGACCCGGCACUCCUCCGACCGGGCCGUAUCGAUCGCAAGAUUGAAUUUCCGGCCCCCAACGAGGCAUCACGAACGCAAAUUUUGCGCAUCCACUCGAGGAAGAUGAAUUUGACUCGUGGCAUCAAUCUGCGCAAAAUUGCCGAGCUCAUGCCGGGCGCUUCUGGCGCUGAAGUCAAGGGUGUUUGCACCGAGGCAGGCAUGUAUGCACUGCGUGAGCGUCGUGUACACGUCACCCAAGAGGAUUUUGAGAUGGCCGUGGCCAAGAUUAUGCAAAAGGACAGCGAAAAGAACAUGUCGCUCAAGAAGUUUUUCACAUAAACCGCAAUCGCUGUGCUUUUGCGUCUGCGAGCCUUGUUCUUCCUGCUGCUGUGUGUCAGAGAUGGAAAGAAACAGGAGUCUUCGGCUCUGUUCUUUGCCCUUCACUCUUUUCAAUGGUGGCAAAGCCCAAAUCUUGAAAGCGUGGUGUCCGUUUACCAAUGUGUACUGUGCCCUUGUCUCCUUGUUUCUGUUGUGCAUUUUUGCGUCUGAUCACUCAAUUCACAUGAUUGCG